GUCGAGGACUCCCGGUUCCACCGAGACGGGCAGAUGAGGGUGAGGAAGAGGAGGAAGAGGAGGGAUGAAGGGUCCUCCUCACAGUGACUCAGCAGGUCUGCAGGUUUAUAAAGAGGCAGCGAUGAUCAGUCUGUCACCACGGAGACAAUGGCCUGGCUGCUUCGUAUCGCCUGCAUCCUGGUCUGCUGCCUGGAGCUGCUGCACGGCAAAGCUUCAGAGUACCAGCUGGAGUCAGAGAGCCUGAGCCGAUGUGAGUUGAUAAGGGGCGUGGCUGUUGCCAAGCAACAAGGUGACGUUCCUCACUGUAUGGAGGAUGGCAGGUUCAGACCCGUGCAGUGCAGUGGGCUGGGUCAGGAGUGUUGGUGUGUUGAUGCCGAAGGUCAGGAGGUCGUCGGGACUCGUACCAACAGUUCUGCUCCCCACUGUGCGUCUCCCUGCCAGCUGCAGUCUGUCCUGCAGUGUUCUCCUUCAGGACUGUUUGAGUCAGUUCAGUGUGACUCCAGCAGGGGGCAGUGUUGGUGUGUGGAUCAGGACGGCAUGGAGCUCUACGGAACCAGACAGAGCGGGACGCCUCGACGCUGUCCCGGCGGCUGUGAGGUGAGGGCGAGGCGUCUCCUCCACAGCGCCGGGUCUCACUCUCCUCCUCAGUGCGCCGCAGACGGGGGCUUCCUCCCCGUCCAGUGUCAGUUCAUUAACACGACAGACAGGACACAGCUGGACCUUCUGCACGCCUUCAACAGUUUCCCAGAAUCCUUUGAGACAUUCAGUAGUUUCAGGAAGUUCUUCCCGAUGGUUUCGUCCUACUGCUUCUGUUCAGACAGUCGAGGCCGAGAGCUGCAGGACACAGGCGUGGAGCUCCUCCUCUCUGAGGUGUAUGACUCGGCGUUCUCCGGUCUCCGGUCCGGUCGCUCCGUCUCUCAGACCAACAUCUACAGAGUCCUGCAGAGGAGGAUGCUGGGAGUCCGCCUCGCCCUCACCGGACACUUCAGAUGUCCCUCCCCCUGCGAGGAGGAGCGGCGGGCGGGGAUGGAGGCGUCCAGUGUUUUCAUCCCAUCCUGUGAGGCUGACGGAUCCUUCACCUCCAGACAGUGCCAGCAGGGGGGGCAGUGCUGGUGUGUUGACCCCACAGGGAGGGAGCUUCCUGGGACUCGGCAGCACGGAGACUCCCUGGUCUGCAGUUCAGGUCUUGGUGACUGUCUCUCUCAGCGUCGUCUGGCUCUGUCCCAGCUCUUCUCCGGUCCUCUCCAGGCCUCCUCCUCUGGCAGAUCUCCGGCCUCCUGUCUCUCCCUCCUCCGACCCCUCAGGGAUCUCCUGCCAGUGGAAGCGGAUCAGUCCUCCUUCCUGUCUCGCCUGGUCGAAGUCCUCCGCGGUCUGUUCCCCACGGUGGGCGGGGCUCUGCAGGCUCUGGAUCGCUCCUCCCCUCGUCGCCUCCAGGAGAACCUGUUUGGAGGAAAGUUCCUGAAGAACGCAGCCUUCUUUAACUUCAGCGGGGCGGUGGGAACCCGUGGAGCCCUCGGUCUGGAUCGGCUCUCCUCUCAAAGCCUCCAGAAGAACCGGGAUCUGGUUGUGUCUGUCAGCAGAGCCCUGGAGGACCCCACCUUCCUCUCUGCCCUCCAGCACACACUGAGUGGACUGAGCAGCUCUCUCUCACUGGACCAGGUUCUGACUCCUCUGCUGCGCUCCUGCUCCAGAGACAUGAAGGACGACACCAUCUUCGUCCCGAGCUGCACGCCGAGCGGUGGUUUCCAGGAGGUUCAGUGUCGGGGUGGGGAGUGCUGGUGUGUCGAUCCUCAGGGUCAGGAAGUCUCGGGGUCACGUACCGGGGGUCGCCGACCUCAGUGUCCGUCCCGCUGCGAGAGAGAGCGAGCGAUGGCUGUGAAGGUGAAAGGAAACAUGGCGGCCGGUGCUGAGAUCUACAUCCCAGCGUGCUCUAACGACGGAGACUUCCUGCCCUUGCAGUGCGUCGGAUCACGGUGCUUCUGUGUGGACGGCGAAGGAAAAACAAUGACUGCCGGGCCAGCAGGGGGCGCUGUCACAUGUCCAGAGAGAACACAGAAGCUUCAGACCUCCGCAGGUCGGUGCUCGCAGGCGUUAGCUGAGGUCACGGCGUUCAGACAGGACGUCAAGAGCAUCGUCGCUCUCUCUAACUCCUCCCACCUCCCUCUGGGAUAUGGAUUCCUAUUGGCUGAAGGUCUGCGUCUGACCCCAGAGGAGCUUCAGAUCGACCAAUCAGAGGAGGAGCUGCGGAUCUCUGAUACGCUGCUGAGCCGCUCCAAAGCUGCUCUGCGAUUGGCUGCAUUCUCCACCGUCCAGAUGUUUCUGCCUCCUCAGCAUCGUUCGUACCAGCUGUUCACUCCACAGUGCGACGCUGACGGACACUGGCUGCACACACAGUGUUACCACAGCACAGGUCAGUGUUGGUGUGUCGAUGAAGAUGGAGAGUACAUCCCGGACUCGCUGACCAGCCGCUCACUCCGUCUGCCCAAAUGUCUAACUCGCUGUGAGAGAGCUCGGGCUCACACUCUGCUCUCUGGUUGGAGGAGAGGAUCUGACCUCACCACCGCUUCACCGUACAACCCCCAGUGUGAGCAGGACGGUCGUUUCUCGGUGCUGCAGACAGGAGGCACUGCAGGCUGGUGCGUGAACCCUCUGACCGGAGAGACGAUACAGGCGGCGACACCGAACCCCGCUGGACAGCUGACAUGUCCCAGCUGGUGUGAGCUGCAGGGUUUCCAGUGUCGCCCCGACGGCUCCUUCCUCCCACUGCAGUGCGAUGUCACUUCCUGUUGGUGUGUCUCCGAGGACGGGCAGGAAGUGGGUGGGACCCGUACGCCUCGACAGACAGGCCAGACACCAUUGUGUGACCGUCCCCUCUGUCCCGCUUCUGCCGUCAACCACGGUGCGCUGGUGUGCCGCCCGGCAGCCAACGGCCGCCAGAGCUGCGACCUCGUCUGUCACCACGGUUACCAGAACUCGCUUCCUGUCAGCAGCUUCCUGUGUGAGACUGAGGGUCUGCGGUGGACCGGAGACAACAAACCCCUGAGUGGAGCCUGUCAGAUCUCUCAGCCUCUACAGUCGGUGUCGUCCUCUCAGCUCUGGUUGUUGUCGUCAUCCUGCUCUCAGAUCAGCAGUUUACAGUCUCUGUUGUUCAACACGAUGACCAGCAGGGGGCUCUGCUCUGCACAGCUUCCCACGUCAGGUCGCUCGGUGUCGCUGUGUGACGACUCGUCGCUGCGUCUGCAGUGUGACGGUGAUGACCAGCUGAAGUUAACGGUCAGAUGGACUGUCGACCUGUCUGACCUCCCGACCUCUGACCUCCCCGACCUCCACGACAUUGGUCUGUUUCUGAAUGAGUCCAGACUCCUGGCGGGGGUUCGGGGACUUCUGGGUAAUAUCCGGUCCACGCUUACAUCGGAACCCAAACUGGUUUCCACGACAACACCAAGCUUUGGCUGCUCCCUGGGUUUCCACCUGGACAGUGACGGCGACGGCUGCGUCGUUUGUCCCGCUGGGAGUCUCUCCAGGGAGGGGGCGUGUCUUCUGUGUCCCGAGGGAACCUAUCAGGAUGAGGAAGGGCAGGACUUCUGCAACAAGUGUCCCAGAGGCUCCUCACCAGCUGGAGCAUCAUCUGCCAAUCAAUGUGUGACCGAGUGUCAGAGGCGGGGUCUGCGCUGUUCGGAGCGAGGAGACUUCCUGUCGGCGCAGCCUGACCUCCUGUCCGGCAGGUGGAGGUGUGUCGACAGUGAGGGGGCGGGGCUUGACUGGACCAACAGUGACGAGCCUCUGACUGAUGACGAGUGCUCAGUUCUCAGCAGGUUUCAGGCUGUUACUGGAUCAGAUCUGAUCGUCGGUGCUGAAGACACUGAAGUCCUGCAAACAAUGACCUCUGACCUCCCAACCUGCAUCCAAGCGUGUGCAGUGGAGCUGUCCUGCCACCAUGUGGCGCUGUUCAACAGACAGACUCAGUGUGAACUGUACAGCACGAACACACUGAACACACACUGCAACACCUCCCAGCAGACCAGUGGAUUUCUGGGUAAUCCUGAGGCCGAGCUGUUUGAUUGGCUGAGCUGCUCGGUGAAGGUGAGGGGCGGAGCCUCAGAUCUUCUGGUCAUCAGGAAGAAAGGGGCGGAGUCUUCCGCGCAGCAGCAGCAGAGUUUUGUGAGGAUGAGGAUGAUGAAGGCGGUCUCAGGUGUGUUCAGGACCCAGGUGUUCUCCUCCAAACGGACCUCGCUCUCCGACGCUCACCGCUUCUGUCAGGACGGCUGCAGCCGCGACGCCUGCUGCCACGGAUUCAUCCUCAACCAGAACAGCCUGAACGGAGGGUCUCUGCUCUGUGGUUGGCUGAGAGCUCCGUCAGUCUUGAUGUGUGGGGACCAGGACUGGGAUGUGAUUGGACAGGGAACAGCCAGUCGUAUCUGUGGGGCGGGGCUAACCUACAACGAACAGCAGAGGAGCUUCGUGUUCGACUUUGGAGGACAAAAGUUCACCAUCACUGAUUCGGCUCUGCCAGCUGACAGUAAGAACAAGAAGGACUACCAGGCCUCCAUCAUCAGCUUCCAGGCCGUCUACCUGAACAGAGAUGCUGAGUCAGCAGCUGGUGGUUCAGCUUCCUCUUCCUGUGUGGCAGCAGAACUCAGUCCUCCUCUGGAUGAAUCAGUGCAGAUGAAGUUUGAGUCGCUUUCUGAGGACGACGUCCUUGUGGAUCCUCAGAGGAAACUCCCUACUCUCUCCUUCUGGCUCAACAAGAGGAACUACGACUCCCAGCAGGCGCUGCUCUGGUGCCUAACGCGCUGCGAUGCGGAGCAGCAGUGCUCCGUUGCUGACCUCAGAGACGCUGACUCUGCAGCGUUCUUCAGCUGCUCGUUGUAUCCGGACAGCAGAGUUUGUGGAGCGUACGAUAAACCUCUGAGACGACCCUGCCGCCCCCUGCUGGACAGAACACCCAACAACACCUACAGCAAGAAGGUCAACCUGUCUGGACCAGUGAAGAGUUUCUAUGAGCGAGUUUCCUUCCAGAAGAUGGUUUCUUACUCUGUACGCAGCCGAGUCAGUCUGAGAGGAAACACACCGCUGUCUGAGGGGUUCAGGGAGUGUGAACGGCGCUGUGACGAGGAUCCUUGUUGCCGUGGCAUCGGCUUCGUCCGAGACACCAAAUCGGCAGCUGCAGACGUGGUGUGUCUGUCUCUGAUCAGUCUCGGGGUUCAGACCUGCGGUGAGGACGACACGACGACCUGGAGGACUCAAGACUGCAGACCGUCUGUAGUGAAGACCACACCGGACCCCUUCGGCUGGUACCAGAAACCUGUGAAUCAGUGGAGUGCUGCUGCUCUCUGUCCUCCGUUCAACCUGCCCCGACUCAACGUGUCUGUGGAUCGGUGGACUCUCCUCUCUGACUCAUCAGUCCUCGUCGACCCCUCUGUCUCCAUGUAUGAUGUCAUCCACUUGAGCCGUGACAUCGCCAGCGACCGCGACAAGACCAGGGACUGGUGUCUCCAUGCCUGUGAGGAGGCGGAGUCUUGUGUCGCAGUGUCACUCAGUGAGGUGGAGACCGCCACUCGCUGCGUCCUCUACCCCGAUACCACAGCCUGUGGGUUGAGCUCCGCCCCCAGCUCGCCCGGCCCCGCCUCCUCCUGCAGACUGCUCAUCAGAGAGCCCGCCCCCCAGGUGUACCUGAGGACAGAGCGGUUGCCGUCGGUUACGUCCGUCUCCAUCCCGGGUCAUGGGACCCUGCAGGGUGUUGCCGUGGAAACAGCCCUGGGUUCAGACAGGAAGACGGUGGUUCAGUUCCUGGGAGUCCCGUACGCCCGUCCACCAAUAGGAUCACUCCGCUUUGAAGCAGCACAGCCAGCUGAUUGGAGGGGAACCUGGGACGCCACCAAACCCCGUCCCAGCUGUAUCCAGCCAGGUGAUGUAGAGUCUGCCGCCUCCAGCGAGGACUGUCUCUACCUCAACAUCUUCUCUCCUGCAGCUCUGAGGGGGCGUGUCCCAGUCCUGGUUUUCUUCUUCAACCCUUCGGCCAAUCAGAACCCAGGACUGUUAGACGGCUCCGCCCUCGCUGCUGUGGGUAAUAUCGUUGUGGUAACAGCCAGCUAUCGAACAGCGGCACUGGGAUUCCUGAGCACAGGUUCCUCUGGUCUCCAUGGUAACUACGGCCUGUCAGACCAGGAGGCGGUGCUUCGUUGGGUUAACGCCCACAUUUCUCUGGUGGGCGGAGACAACAGGAGAGUCACUGUGGGGGCGGAGCGACGUGGUGCUGACAUCACCAGCAUUCAUCUCCUCUCCUCCUCCUCCUCAUCUGCUCCUCUGUUUCAGCGUAUGAUGCUGAUGGGAGGGUCCGUGUUCUCUCCAUCACUGCUUCAGACUCCCUCCACCUCCGGACGUCAGGCACUGGAUCUGGCCAAAGAGCUCGGCUGUGUGACCUCCGACCAUGACAAGAUGGCCGCCUGCCUCAGAGCAACGCCUGUUCGCUUGCUCAACGCCGCUCAGACCAAGCUGUUGGCGGUCAGUGGUCCAUUUCAGUCCUGGUCUCCAGUCCGUCAGUCCGUCUCUCAGUCGUCCUUCCACAGAGUGGACCUGCUGCUGGGAACGUCUGAACAUGAUGGUCUGAUCGGCCGAGCUCGCAGGAUAAAGGACUUUGAGGCUCUGCAGGGUCGAGCUGAUGGUAAGACGGCGUUUUACGAGGCUCUGAGUCGCUCGUUGGGCGGAGUGACAGGAAGUGACCUGCUGAAGGAAGCGGCGGCCUGGUUCUACUCUCUGGAUCACAGUCCCUCAGCUGCAGGAUACAACCUGUUCUCCAGAGCACUCAACAACGCCACAAGAGAUCUGUUCAUCAUCUGUCCCAGCCUGCAGAUGGCUAGCCACUGGGCUAACAGCAAAGCUAACGUCUUCUUAUACCACCAACCUGCCACCAGCGCUCAUAAUAGGGCUGAGGCCAACGUUCCUCUUGACGUUCAGUUUGUGUUUGGGACUCCUCAUCAUCCAAUUAGCUCUCAGCGUUUCACUUCCUCUGAUCAACGCCUCUCUCUGGCCAUGAUGACCUACGUGUCAAACUUCGUCCGCACUGGGAACCCGAACCCAUCACGUGUGUGGGCAGCGUCAAUUCUGCCCCGCUGGCAACAGGUCCUGUCCUCUGAAGCUCCGCCCACCUACCUGCAGCUAAGCCCCACCCUCCAACAUCAUCAGGGUCUGAGUCAGAGCUCCUGCUCCUUCUGGAGCCAACUGGGAACCAGACUGACCAGUCUGAGUGGUGAAUCGGGGGUGGAGCCUGUUCGGCCUGCGUUGACCCCUGAGCUCCCAGUGGCUGCACCCUCCAGCCAAUCCCAGACUGAGAAAGAUGCCUACAGCUGAACUAAUGACAUCAUCACCCCUUCCUCAUGACAUCACAGUUUGUUUAGUCCAGAUUCAGUUUAAUUCCAAAGAAUAAAAGAGUCAUUGUCUUAAUCACCAUUAAAAAGCAUUUUAAACUC